AUGCACAAAAAACUCCCUACAGAUGAUGUGGUUUCGGCGAAAGGAAUCCCUCUGGCCUCCAAAUGCUGCUUAUGUGAUGAGCAAGCUGAGUCCUUUAAUCACCUGUUCAUGGGUUGCAAAUUUUUCGUGGCAGUUUGGAAAAUGUUCUUGGAUUGUUUUGGAAUGUCUUGGCCUAACAUUGAAGACUUGCCUCUGCUUGUUCGGUGGUGGAUUAGAAAGUGCAAGAUCCUGGUGCUUAAAGAACCUUGGUCUAUGGGGUUAGUCAUUGUGGCUGACAACGUUUGGACAGAAAAGAAUUCUAGGAGAUAUGGGAGUAGAUUCCUUUCUCCCUUCUAUGUAUAUGAUAAGAUUAAAAGAGUCUAUCAAGACUCCAAAAUCUCAAUCUCUGACAGACUGCCUCACAUUUCUGAUAUCAUGUGCUGCCGGCGUCUGGGUUUGAUCAUUAAUCCUAAGUGCCCUCCUGAGCCUUUGGAAAUUUUCUGGUGCAAGCCUCCUUCUGGUUGGACAAAAUUAAAUGUGGAUGGUAGCUCCAUGGGCAACCCUGGUAGGGCUGGCAUAGGUGGAGUUAUUCGUAAUGACCUUGGGGCUAUGAUUGGUUCCUUUAAAAAUUUUAUUGGGAUUCAAUCAAACUAUGUAGCAGAAUUUCAAGCUUUGAUCGUAUGUCUCCUUAUGGCUAAGAAGCUGAGAGUUUCGUCUCUUUGGAUCGAGUCAGACUCUGCGGCGGUGGUGGCGGUAGUUCAAGCCAGGUCCAUUCCAUGGUUUGUCGCUCAACAAUGGAUCUCCCUAGAGCCUUUUCUUGCUUUCUAUUUCCUGGAAGAUUUCCCACUGUUUUAG